AUGGCACCGCCACAAACAAGCACCCUCCCCAAACCCACCGACUUCCCCACGAGCCUCUCACCACAAAUCCACCUCCCACCCAAUGCACAACCCACCAACGCCAUAAUCUUCCUCCCAGGCCUCGGCGACAACGCGUCAAAUUUCUCAUCUUUCGCGCGCGCCUUAAACCUGCCCGACGCACUCACCAUCACAUUGAACCCGCCAUUCCCACUGCCCGCAGCCCUCGCCCUCCCGGGCUCCCAGUGGUCGGACAACCUGCACAUCGACAGCGGCAGCGGGUCGCUCGACGCGGACAGCAGCCCACUGAACCUCGCCGUGAAACUCGUCGCCGACGACGUCGUCGCCUCCACACUGCUCGCCACCUUCAAGUUCCGCCCGGACCAGAUCCACCUGUUCGGCUUCGGGCAGGGCGGGUCCGUCGCGCUCGCCGUCCCACUGCACCCCUCGCUGGCGGCCGUGUCUUCGGCGCUGGGUGGCGUCGUCUCCAUCGGCGGCGGCAUUCCGCUGAGUCUGAGUCUCGGUGCGAGCGCACCCAAGGGGAAGGGCAAGGUCCGCACGCCGGUCCUCCUGCUCUCCGGCUCCAAGUCGCCGCUGGCGGCCACGGCGUCGAGUCCGCUCAUGCGUGUCCGGGGUGCGUAUGAGUUCGUCGAGUAUCAUUGCUGGAAGAAGGCCGACGACUCGAUGCCCAAGAACCGUGAUGAGGUCCUGCCUUUGAUGCAGUUCUGGGCCAGGCGCCUCAGGAGUCGACGCGGUGUGCCCGAUGAUGCCGUGGAGCUUACGGGUUGA